CCCCCUCAAAGAACAGCCUCAUUCUCUCACCCACACGUUCUUCUAUUCCCCCAGCAGGUCCUCUCUAAGACCCUGUCACACACUCAGUUAUUCUCCUGCUUUCAAUCGCCUCAUUACGUAUUCUAUUCUGAGCCUGCUGGGAGGGGGCGGCCAGCAUGAAGUAGUAAGGCAGCAGGCGGCCGUGGUCAGGGCACUCAGCAGGCUCCGCUCGUUGUCCUGCUGCCUCGGGCCCUGCUGGGGGACACAUAGGAGACCACUGACACAUACAGCCUCAUCGGGGACACAUGUGCAGCAGGGCGCCAGCAGAGCAAAGCGGGAGCAGAGGUCAGGGCGCGGCCAUGACCUGAGGGCUGGAGUCCGAUGUGGUGUGUCGAGCCACUGGGAAGUAGUAGCAGGAGGUGGCGGCGGUGGCGGUGGUCACAGUAGGACAGGACACCCACAGCUUGGCAUUUGGUCUCUACAAGGCUGCUCAUUCAUCACACAAAAUGGAUUUCUCAAUGUCAUCGGACAUUAUAUUGGAGCUCCUGGAGGUGGCCAUUAACCUCAUCCUGUACACGAGAGAGAUCUACCCACAAGCAGUCUUUCAGCGGAGGAAAAAGUACAGCAUCCCAGUGCAGAUGUGCAUUCACCCUGGCCUUCAGUCGUACAUUAGCGAGUGUGUUGCCUCGCUGCGGUCGGUACUGGAGAAGGGCGAGGUGCAGAAGGUGGUGCUGGUGGUGCUGUCCGCCCAGGGAGUGCCGGUGGAGAAGUUCAUCUUUGAGAUUGUCCAGCACCCAACCCGUCCCCACGACAUUAAGAAGGAUCUACACUUGAAAAGGAUGGAGGAGGCCCUGCGAGCAUUCUGCCUUAAGUUAAGCAUCAGCGACUCCCUCCUGCAGCCCCUCCCACCUGAGUGUUCCUUCGUGAUGCAGAUACAAGUGCCAGACCACGUCCCAGAUGCCCUCAGCUCGGCCCCACAGCACCAAGACUUCCCUUGGGUGGAGGCGGAGAAGGAGCAGGUGGAGGUGGUCAACCCUCACCUGGUGCCCCUCAAGACCCUGCGGACGGAGGUGUGCAAGAUGCAGCUCUACGUGGAAGAAAGUGCCUCCAAGAAUGCCUCAACCUCCGCAGCCACCCACUGAUCCCUGCUUGCAUCACCCUAUGUGUCUUAGAGCUCAUCCUCAUGAUCAUUAUUUUCUAUUUAUAUACUACCACUGUUCAUUGACUUGGAGUUCAUGCUUACCUACUCCCACUUUCAUAUAAUUUUCCAUCUACUUCAAAUUUUUCACUGCUUUCCUCAUCACUUGUCUUAGAUUUUCCACCUUGUUGUUCUCAUUAUUUUCUGUUUACGUCCGACUGUUCAUUGUCUCGGAAUUCAUGCAAAUCCCCUUUUCCUCCUCCCCCUCAUUAUUUUCCACUUACCUUCCACUGCUUCCCUCUCAUUCCUUAGAAUUCAUGCAUACUUCCUUCUCCUCCCAAUCACUAGUAUUCAUUUCCCUUUCUCUGACCUCUGCUUGAGUCACCCUUUAUGUCUUAGAGCGCCUCUUCCAACUCAUUAGUUGCUAUUUAUCUUGCGCUGUUAACUUCAUCACUUAAUUCUUUGACCUCAUGAAUACCACCUCUUUUUCCGGUCUCUCCUCUCAUUGAUUAGUAGUUUCAGUUUACCCCCCUUCUUGUCUGACUACUCAUUUACUUCAACAUUCUUUAUCUCCAAAUUUCUGUUCAUUUGUUCUUUUAGUUUUCUUGUAUAUCGAUCAGUUUACAAUCAGCAUCAUUCCCAUUAUCUUGUUUCUCCUUUGUUUCCUCCUGAAUCAUAGCUCUAUUGUUGUCCAAGCUUGUGACGUGCCAUUUUCCUUGCUUUAUUUAUCUACUUUUCAUGAAAGUAGUUUAUCAUCUCAUUCACCAUAAUAUUUAUUUCUCUUGGAGAUUGAACACAUUGUGUAUUACUAUAGACACUUUUUUUUUUUUUUAGUGUGGAUAAUGUACUGUAUGCAAACACUUAAUGUAUAUAUAUUUUGUUAUGUUUGUGAACUUUUUUUAAUUUUAUAGGACAAGUUGUGUAAAGGCCUGUCCACACAAUCAAGCACAGGCGAGUGGUCUGCCUGCUGACAGGCUUACUACUUGUGCCUGCUGAAAAACUCGCCUGUGCCCACUAGCUAGUAGUAGUUUUUCAGCGGGCACAAGUGGUAAGCCCGUCAACGGGCAGACUGCUCGCCUGUUCUCGAGGGCACUGCUCGAUUGUGUGGACGGGCCUUAAUAGGAGUGUUGGUUGUACUUGUAUUAUAAGCAAUGUGACAAUAACUUGGUUGCAUCAGGAGUAAGUUUUACUAUGCAAGCAGCAGUUUAGUUUCAUGCAACUUGCUGUAAGUUUUUUUUGUGAGAAAGUUCAUUUUAAAUUAACAUGUUAAGGCUUGUCUACUUAAGCUGCAGUGCCUGCAGAGAGUAUUUAUUUCCCAGUUAGCAUUAUCAAGCAGGUCCUGUUUGUGUGUUGUACAGUGACACCAGGUCCUGUUUGUGUGUUGUACAGUGACACCAGUCUCCAGCCCACCUGGGUCAAAGAAAUACAUACAAUAAGGAUCAGUGUUGUAAUUUGUUGACCCAGACUGGCUGGAUACAACAGUGGACAAACCCAGACUGCCUGGGAGAUCUGCAAAGCCUGGUCUGCUACACAUUAUGGACUGGCAUUUUGGCCUUAUUUCCCCCAUAGCCACUACCAAAGCUUUAAUAGUUGCCAGUUUUGGGGGCUGGCCUAGGUUUGAUCACUUUACCUGUUGUCAAAACCCCUUUCUGGCCUCUGAAGGGCAGCGUUGCCUGGAGUUAGUAUUUUUAGGUUUGUACUGGUCCCAUUUCAUACCCCUUAAUCCAAAUUAAGGGAAAUUCACAGUAAAUCCGAAUGCAUGAAA